AGUUUAGGACCCGGCGGCGCGGCCUGUACAAUAGCACUGUUGUGUGCUGGAGGAGAGGUGGCUGCAGCUGUAUUUUUUUCACGUAUUGACAUGGUGUACCUGCCUAAAUCUGAAUAAUUCACGUAAAUUCUGCACUUGUAACGUGAGGAGAACUCUCCGGAUCUGUCAGGGAGUUGAUCGGAGCUGGUUUGUGCUGUAAGAAACAAGAAGUGGAUGACGGACGCAUGCUGAGACGACACGCUAGCUCGCUAAACAACACAAACUUUAUGGAUACAUCAGGAUGAAACGACUCAGGACUUUAAGCAGUAGUGACAGUUCAGACAAUGAAAGUCCCUCAACGUCCUUCUCUACAAAUAAGUAUGGCAGUAAAUCUGGAACCCCGUCCUCCGCUCAGAAGAAGCCUGCAGAGGUGUUCAGGAAAGACCUGAUCAGUGCGAUGAAGCUGCCGGACUCGCAACACAUCACUCCUGAUGAUUAUUACCUGCUGGCUGACACCUGGAGGCAGGAGUGGGAGAAAGGAGUGCAGGUCCUGGCCAGCCCUGAUAGCAUUCCUCAGCCGUCUGUCAGGAGCCUGGCAGAGCGUCCGAAGGAGAUCCUGUUCUCCAGGCCGAGGAAGUACAUCCAGUGCUGCAGUCAGGACUGCACAGAGACGGGCUACGUCAACAUCAAAGAGCUGGCCGAGGCCAUGUGCAGGUACGACCUGGACGACACGGACCUGUACUGGCUUCGACACCUCAACAUGGAGCUACUGCACAUGGGGGAGGGCGUGGUGGACGAGCUGACCAUGGAGAGAACGAUGGAGGCUCUGGAGAGAAAGUGUUACGACAACAUGAACCACGCCAUCGAGACGGAGGAGGGGCUGGGCAUCGAGUACGACGAGGACGUCAUCUGCGACGUGUGUCGCUCGCCCGACAGCGAGGAGGGCAACGACAUGGUCUUCUGUGACAAGUGCAACAUCUGCGUUCAUCAGGCUUGUUACGGCAUCGUGAAGGUUCCAGACGGCAACUGGCUGUGUAGGACGUGCGUGCUUGGGAUCAACCCGCAGUGUAUACUCUGUCCCAACAAAGGAGGAGCCAUGAAGGCCACGCGGGCGGGAACCAAGUGGGCCCAUGUUAGCUGUGCUCUCUGGAUACCUGAGGUGAGCAUCGCGUGUCCGGAGAGGAUGGAGCCCAUCACUAAACUGUCUCACAUCCCACCCAGCCGCUGGUCUCUCAUCUGUAGUCUCUGCAAGAUCAAAACCGGAGCCUGCAUACAGUGUUCGGUGAAGAACUGCACUAUCCCCUUCCACGUCACCUGCGCCUUCGAGCACAACCUGGAGAUGAAGACCAUCCUGGAUGAAGGCGACGAGGUCAAGUUCAAAUCCUACUGCCUGAAGCACAGCAAGCCCAAAGCGGCCGAGCCGGGUCUGAGCCCGGCCCGACACAAACCCCCUACCGAGACCGAGAAGGUGGGGCUGAGGGCGCAGAAGCUCAAAGAGCUGGAGGAGGAGUUCUACAAGCUGGUGCAGCCGGACGAGGUGGCGCAGGAGCUGGGGCUGCCCCUCCACCUGCUCGACUUCAUCUACCAGUACUGGAAGCUGAAGAGGAAGAGCAGCUUCAACAAGGCGCUCCUGCCGCCUAAAGAGGACGAGGAGAACCUGCUGAGGCAGCCGCAGGAGGACAGCAUCCAUACACGCAUGCGCAUGUUCAUGCACCUCCGUCAGGACCUGGAGAGGGUGAGAAAUCUGUGCUACAUGGUGAGUCGGAGAGAGAAGCUGAAACUGUCUCAGAGUAAAGUCCAGGAGCAGAUCUUCAACCUUCACGUCAAACUCAUGAACCAAGAACAAGCUGCAGAACUGCCGGUGUCGUCAAACGUAGAGAACCUGAUCUUCCCGCCUCCUCCCAGGAUCACCAUCAAACUCAAAAUCAAAAGCAAGACCAGCACCAAGUCCGGAAACGGCCCGCUGUGCCCGGAUAACAGCGGUAACGUCUAUGACAGCAUGGGAGCCGGGAUGGGGCAGGGCAAACCUCAGCUCCAGCACAGCCGAGCACCGAGGGAGGAGCGGACCAACGGCAUCGUGCCCAUCGCCAAGCCGACGGGGAAGCCUCUGGCGCUGCACGCCGCUUUGCAUGGCCACUCGGUCAGGCCGGAUCAGGACAGACCUCACCAGCAUUCUUUGAAGUCGAACGGCAUCAUGGAGAAGAUAGCAGUUCAGAGAAACCCAACUCCACCCGAACAGGGCGCGUGCGAGAAGCAUCUUGGGAAGGGUCAGCCGGGAACGUUUAAUAAAACCACGAUGGAGCAUUUCAGCAGAACGCUAAAGGAAGCCACCGUCAGCUUGGUACGGACUACUGCGGAUCUCUGGAGCGCCAACAAGAACGGGCAUAAAAACAAAGACCGGACAAACUGCGGCAAAGCCCCGGGCGCCGAACGAGCGCCUAAGAGCGGCCGGGGAUACCAGGAGAGCGACGGGUACUGUCCCGACCUGGAGCUCAGCGAUUCCGAACCCGAAGCUAAAGGCAAGCGACAGAGAGCGGGCCGAGGGCUGAGCGAGAGGAGCCCGGCGGGCGCUUAUGACCGCGGGGGGACCCGAGGGAACGUUCCUUUAGGUUCCAGGACGUCGGUGCAAAGGUGACGAGCUCGCAACCAACUGCUGUAGGUCUGCUAACGUAAAAGCACUGUCGUGCACCACACGAGAGGAGUGGUCUCCUCCAUCACGCCGGACGACAGGGCGUAAAAGUGGAGUAGCGGGUUUCAUUAAGUGUUCUUUCCAUCGUAUUGGAGCUGCCUUAUACACUAUAGAGACCAAACUGUCUGAUUUUCAGACCUAGCUACAGUUUCUGUAUAUACUGGUUAAAAAAAAGAAACGUUUUUUUUGUAGGUUGUGUGUGUAUAUAUAUUAGCUCAUGUGCCAGGAGGGAUGUGGAUUUCCGCGUCCUCCUAACAUUCUUAUGGUUAUGCAAAUAAAUAAAGGCAUAAGAACGACACUG